AUGGCCGGUUCGAGUCCCGUCGUGUCUGCGCCCCAGCAGCAGCAGCAGCAGCAACAACUGCUGGUGCAGCCGUUUCAGCCGGAGCUGCACCAGUCGUUUGCGCGGUCGAGUAUGACGCUGCCGUUCACCGGUGGCGAGUUUGUGGCGCCGGCUCCGUUGGAUGCGGAUCCGACGGGGCGGUUGUUGUUUGGGGAGGCGGAGUUCGGGGAUGGGGGGUUCUCGUUGGAGGAUUUGGAUGUUGGGGCGCUGGAGAGGGAGGUUCUACAGGAGGAUUGGUCGUGGUUGUCGGAGAAUGCGCUCUAA